AUGACAACGGCCGUGACCGAAUAUAUUUUUAUAUAUACACGUUUCUUCCGAGGGAAGGGCACGUUUUUAUCUGAAAUCCAUUCAGUGGAAGAGCAAUGGCUCAUUUGGCUUUCUGCGCUGGUGAGCAGUGUGCUGUCGUAUUUCUUAUUAGAUCUAAUCGCCAAAAGAAUGAAGAAAAGAAGUGAAUAUCUUCCUCCCGGACCUCCUGGCUGGCCUAUUGUGGGAAACCUUCUUCUGGUGAGCAGUGUGCUGUCGUAUUUCUUAUUAGAUCUAAUCGCCAAAAGAAUGAAGAAAAGAAGUGAAUAUCUUCCUCCCGGACCUCCUGGCUGGCCUAUUGUGGGAAACCUUCUACAGCUGGGGAAAAACCCAAAUGAAUCAAUGUGGGCUCUUUCUCAGAAAUACGACCCUCUCAUGAUUCUCUCUCUCGGCAUGAAAACUGCUGUGGUGGUUUCAUCCUCUGAAAUGGCAAAGGAGAUCUUCAAAACCCACGACAAAAACUUUGCAGGACGGCCAGUGUUAGAAGCAGUCAAGGUUCUUUCUCACCACAAAUCCUCAAUAGUGUUUGCUCAGUAUGGAGAUUACUGGAGGAAAUUGAGGCGAAUCGCCACCACAGAGCUUUUCUCUACCAGCAGACUCCAAGCGCUACAACAUCUAAGAAGAGAUCAAGUCUCUGACAUGAUUCGAAUGGUCUUCGAGAAGAGGGGACAAUGUUUGAACAUUGCACAUUUGGUGUUCUACGAGGGUCUCAAUCUCAUGAGCAGCGCCAUCUUCAGUAAGAACUUUUUCGAUCCCAACAAUCCAGACUCUGCAGAAUUGAGGAACACUUUUACUGAGUCGCUGAGGUUGGCCGGAAUACCCAAUUUGGCCGACUUUUAUCCAUUUUUGAGAUUCCUGGACCCUCAGGGCGUGAGCCGUGGUGUGAUCGUCCAUAAUAAGCGACUACAUAAGUUGUUAGAUGUAUUCAUACAUGGAUCUUCCCUAGGAAAAGGACUUUCUCGACAUUCUCCUCGAUUUGACUGCAGAUGA